AUGGGAAGAAGCGCUGUUCCGAGCCUUGCAAAGCUGCUCCACAAGCGAGUUGCCAUUAAGAUGAGCAACGGGGUUGUGCUAGAAGGCGUGAUAAUUGGAUAUGAUGCAUAUAUGAAUGCCGUGCUAUCUGAUGUUUCUGAGCCCGAAGGGAUACCAUUUACUGUUGUUGUAAGAGGCGAGUUUGUAGAGAGUAUUGUUCCAGUGGAUAAGAAUGAAUGA